AAUUUGGACAACGCAUCAUUUGGCGACAUGGAUGCCGAUGGACAAGUUGAUUUGGUUCUGCCUGGCUGCGAUGAGCCAACUUGCACCGUACCGGUUAUAUAUAUGCAUAGCAAAAAUACUUGGCUAAAACUCCUGGCUGCAAGCGAUGCAGAACACGCCACAUGGCGGUUUCCAGAUGGCGAUUUUCGGUCAACAGAUCUGCUUAAUUUCCCACCAGUUUUGAGACUUGGUGAUUUCACAAUGGAUGGAUACCCCGAUGCUGUGGCGGUGUUUGAAGGCAAAGGGUCAAAGCGAAUGGCAUUUUUGCUUGAAAACGUACCUUGUAGCAAUGGUGACACAUCCUGCUUUGGGUCACGUGCAUUAGCUUUUAAAACAAAGAUCGACGACGAUGCUGCCAUGAUAUCAUUCUUUGAUGUUUAUGAAAAUGGCAUUCUAGACUUUCUUGUGGUUGUUAAGAAGGAAGAUCAAGAAGGAUAUGCCGUUAAGGCCUACAGAAACGACUUCAAUACCGACACAACUUUUCUGAAAAUUACAGUUUUGAGCGGAAGAUGUUACAAGACCUGCAUCUGCAAGAAAAUUGAAACGCCUUACGGAGCUAACCUUGUUGGAGCAGCUGUUUCUUACAAAACUGUUUCACCGGAAGGAAAAAUUCAGAUCUGUUCAGCUACUCAGCUGUCACAGUCAGCUCAUUUUGCCUUGCAACUGCCCUACACUUUGUUUGGACUCGGUCGAUCUCCAAACUUCGUUGACAAAGUGCAAGUUGGUAUCCCACAAAGUGACGGGAAGGUCAACAGAGUUCACAGCUGGAUGUCGCUUAUACCAAAUUCACAAGUGAUUGUAAUCCCCUUCCCUCCUGACAAACCUUACGAGUGGAUGACAAAAUUGUUGGUGACUCCCAGCAAAUUGCUCCUUCAAACUGGAGGCGUUCUCAUCGGCACUUGCGUUUUUGUUGCUGGUCUAAUUCUUAUGUUGUAUAUAAAAGAAAAGCGCGAGGACGAGAAAGAGAAAAGACAAGAAGCUCACAAGUUUCACUUCGAUGCUCUUUGAUGUAGAAGCCAAUUCUCAUCUGACUUUGAAUAAUUUCUAUUUCUCUAAAUUGUCAAUUCCCCCUUUAAUGUGGUAUUGGAGAUUUGUUUCAAACAUUUUCAACCGCAUAAAUAUAAUGCUACCUAUUUAUUUUACAUUCUAAGACCAUAGUAAAUCAUAUUUUUCUCUUUUAAGCUGUUU